UAACCGUCACGACUAUGAGAAGUGACGCCAUUGCGUUUACAGCAUCUUUACAAUAAAUAUACUAUACAGUAGUGACUGGGGAAAACAUAAAUUAUAAACCGUGUCUAAAAGAGACUUAAACCUCAUAGCGACUGCGAGACAUUUUCUCUUCCCAAUCCUCCAGCUUGUGGGAGUGUUUUCUUGUGUUUAUGGGCGUGUUGUGCUCUCAAUCUCCCGCGUUGCGGCCAAGCCGAGAGAACUGUCACUUUUUUUGGGCUUUCUGGGUUCGGAUACAUCGCGGCUCAGGUUUCAUGUAGGCCGCAGUUAUGUUGAAGACCGAGAAGAUCCUUCAUCUAAAGGUCCAGCGAGGCCGGACAGUACGAGUUGUUCGGGAACAUUAUCUGCGGGAUGAUGUGAACUGCGGAAGCUCCUUGUGCGGGAGUUGUGCCAGAGAUGGAAAACUGUUGUCUGAAGACUUGACACACUAUUUGGUCCCUGAUUGCCAGGUCUUGCAGGAUUUCCAGGAAGUGUUGGAGUUUCCAGAACUAAGAGGCAUAAUCUUCAUGCAGACAGCCUGUCACGCUGUACAGCAUCAGCGUGGGCGCAGGCAGUAUAAGAAGUUACGUUCCCUGCUUCGGGAUCCUCGCCAUGACUGCAUAUUAUUUCCAAAUGAAUUUCAGCAUGAGGCCUACCUUCCCAGAGAGCAGGGGGAGGCCGUACAGAACUGGCAAACACGGUGCAUUUACAACUCCUGUGUGUGGUAUUAUCAACACUGCCAGGAGAGGCUCCCCAUUGUUAUGGUAACGGAAGACAAGACGGUGAUUAAGCAAUAUAGUAAUGAGACCAGAGGGGUUUACAUAAUCUCAUUCAAGCUUUAUUUGGAAACUUUCUGGCCAGACCUGAAGGGAGCUCUAGAGUUGUACGAAUCUCUGCGACAGGCCCAGUGUGAGCGGGAGAGUGAAAACCACGAUAAAGGCAAGGAGUACCCAGAGCAUCUCCCUCUGGAGGUUCUCGAGGCAGGAAUCAAAUCUGGUAGAUACAAGCAGGGGACUCUAAGUGUAAACAAGCACCGUUCUCAACUGGAAGCCUUUGUACGUCUUCAGGGUUUUGGAGGCAAAAAUACAGAUAUCCAGAGUGAUGUUUUAAUUCAUGGUACCAAAGCGCGAAACCGUGCAAUCCAUGGAGAUAUUGUGGCGGUGGAAGUGCUCCCGAAAUCUGAGUGGAAAGGAAGAAAUGCAGCACUCUGUGAAAAUGAAACAGAGGAGAAUGCAGGGGAAACACAGAGUGACGUUAUGGCAACAGGUCGUGUAGUUGGAGUUCUGCAAAGAAACUGGAGGGAUUAUGUGGUAACUUUUCCAGCCAAGGAGGAAAUUCAGACCCAGGGAAAGAAUGCGCAAAAGAUCUUGGUGAUGCCCUGGGAUUAUAGAAUACCUAGGAUCCGGAUCAGCACCCAGCAAGCAGAAGCCCUACAGGAUUAUAGGGUGGUGGUGAGGAUAGACUCCUGGGAAUCAACAUCUCUAUAUCCAAAUGGACAUUUUGUCAGGGCCCUGGGGCGCAUUGGAGAUCUAGACGCUGAAAUAGCAACCAUUCUGGUGGAAAACAGUGUUAGUGUGAACCCUUUCUCUGAAGCACAGCUGUCAGAGAUGCCCAUCAACACCCCUGAGAACCCGUGGCAAGUGAGCAAUGAGGAGCAUGACCGUUUAGAUUUGCGUAACACACACCUAGUGUUCAGUAUUGACCCCGAAGGCUGUGAGGAUGUGGAUGAUGCCCUUUCUAUUCGGGCACUACCCACUGGACACUUGGAGCUAGGAGUGCACAUUGCUGAUGUCACACAUUUUGUACAACCAAAUUCCUAUACUGACAUCGAGGCACGGACUAGGGCUACCACAUACUACCUUGCAGACCGACGCUAUGACAUGCUACCUCUCAUACUUAGUUCAGACCUUUGCUCUCUUCUGGGAUCUGUGGACAGAUUUGCUGUGAGUGUGGUGUGGGAGCUGGAUAGCAGAACUUAUGAGAUCCGUAGAGUGUGGUAUGGAAGGACAAUCAUUCGCUCAUCCUACAAGCUGAGUUACGAGGUGGCACAGAAGCUGUUAGAUGGUGAUUUAGAGCCACUGAAAACUGAGCCUGCACUACACCCACUGUCACAAGACUCCAGUAGACUCGAUCAGUUAUUGUGGGCAGUGGGCAAACUGACUGAAGUAGCUCGAGCCACAAGAUCAAGGAGAGACCUUGGGGGAGCUCUUGAACUAGAAGGAAUUGAGGUUAGAGUCCAGCUUGGGGAAGAACGCAGUAUUGAUGACCUAGUACCCAAGCAGCCCUUAGAAAUGCAUGAGACAAUUGCAGAGUGUAUGAUUCUGGCCAACCACUGGGUGGCCAAGAAGAUUUGGGAGAGCUUUCCCCAGCAUGCUUUGCUUCGUUUGCACCCACCCCCAAGACAGGAGUUUUUCAAUGAACUAAAAGAAUGUGCCAAAGCAAGAGGGUUUACCAUUGACACACGUUCCAACAAGGCUUUGGCAGAUUCUCUAGACAAAGCUGAGGAUCCAUCUGACCCUUUAGUGAAUCGACUUUUGAGAUCUAUGGCCACGCAGGCUAUGUCUAAUGCUGAGUACUUCUCCACUGGAUCCUGCACUGAAGAUGAGUUCUAUCACUAUGGUUUGGCACUAGGCAAGUACACACACUUCACUUCUCCGAUUCGUCGUUAUGCGGACAUUGUGGUUCACAGGCUACUCCUGGCCUCUAUACAUAGUAGUCCAACCGAUAAUCUGCUUGCCAACCGUGACCUGGAGGAGCUCUGUCGUCACAUCAAUGCUCGCAACCGUGCAGCCCAGCAUUGCCAGAAGCAGUCCACGGAGCUCUUUCAGUGUAUGUUCUUCAGAGACAAAGAUUCAGAUUGUGAUGAGCGAUGCAUCUCUCAUGGGAUAAUUUAUGCCAUUCGCACUAAUGGAGUUCUCCUCUUCUUACCCAGAUACGGCAUUAAAGGGGCUGCAUAUCUCAAGAACAUGGACGGCCUGGUGUUGUCCAGUGGGGAAGAUGGCCAGUGCAAAUGGGUGCAAGGUUCUCUGAAACGUCUCCCAGACAAAAUAAUGGUCAUUGUACCAGAAGCAGACACCACAACCUUCUGUCUUUUUGACCAUGUAACUGUGCGGAUUCGGAUCAGAAGUUCACGUUUCCAUGCAGAUAGCAUUCAUCUGGAGAUCACUAGCAAUAAACCACAUACCCCAUUAGGGGGACAGAUAUCCAUAUCCAGUCCUCAACUUGCAAGAACUGACCUGGUGAGGGAGGUCACAAGGACAGCAACGGAGGCUCAGCUGGCAGUGGAAGAGGCUGCAGGUCACAAAUCAGCAAUGGAACAGCAUCAGGAAUACCGACAGACCCAGGGUACCAGUCUGUAUACCCUGCUGGAAGAGCUAAGAGAUUUAGCACUGCUUGAUGUCUCUGGAGCUUAGAACUUUUUUUUCCAUCAAUUUAAAAUAUGUGGCAGGCUGAGCCAUCUGAGCCGUCUGUUUGAAAAUUGAAGAUACUCCACUUUCUGUGUGGAAAUAGAGACCUCUGUUGGCAGGUCUAUGUAAUGCACUGAAAGGAACAUUUUGUUUUAGGUUCAGACUUUUAAAAAUUAAUCUCUCUUAAUACAGUCAAUUAGCAUUUUGAACAGUGUUUUAUAAGGAAAUUGUCAGAUACCCUUUUUACAGUUCUGAUUCAACUUAGAUUUUGGAUUUCUAUCUUCUGUAACCUUUAAAAAGCUUCUGCUCAAAUAUUCUAAACAAAAAUGUACAUUUUCCAAGGUUAAAAUAAUUAGAAUAACAAAUUAGGGUGAUGUUCAGGAGUAUAUAUUUUUUUAUUUUAUAUUUAUUUUUUUAUUCUGAACCACCAACAAUACUGAAUAUUAAAUGGGUUUUUUUUAAUAUUUGUUUUAUCAAAAAUAUUUUAAUUAAUUGGAUUUUGUUAUGUUUUUGUGGACCAAUAUCACCAAGAUAAACUGUUAUUUUUGUAUUAGUAAAAACAUUUUGUGAAAUGUGAAA